AUGAACAAGUGUCAGUUUGUGGGAAUAUCAAUCUGGAUUCUUUUCGUCCCGAAACUCAGCGACAGCGCUAGUUACAUUAAUUUUACCCGCUGCGAAAUGAAAUUAAUAGGAAGAGGCAUGUCAUCCUUCUUCAUGAUCGGACAACUGUACCAGAUUCCCGUCGAAAAUGUGGAUAUCAGCGUGGCUGUUUAUAAAAAAUCAAACGGAUAUCGUCCAUUCCUCUUCAAUCAGACAUUUGAUUACUGCUACUAUAUGCGUAAUCCCAAGGCCUACCUUUUAGUUUAUACUCUGCACAAAGUAUUUAUUUCCUCCUCGAACGUAAAUCAUACAUGUCCUUACGAUCAUGAUAUUAUUAUCGACAAUUUUGUAUACAUAAAAAGCGAUCUCAUGGAAUUACCCAUUCCCAAUGGGGAUUACAUGUUUAAAAUUGAAAUAAUAACUUAUAAAAUUUGGCGGGGACACAUUAGCAUUUAUAUAACAAAAGAUUCAUGA